GUUGUAAUCUGUUUUGAGUUUCAAAGGAACAUAAAAAAAAAAGCGUUCUCCUCUUGUUUCUUUCUCUAUCGAUGGCUUCCUCCAUGGCUACAACUCUCACUUCAUCUCUCCCGUCUUCUAAACUCUCCGGGAACAAUGUUCUGUUCGAGUCUUCCUUCCAUGGAGUUCCAAUGAAGGCCUUUUCAUUUCACCCCAGAGCAAAAUCUUCCCCAUGCAACGCAUCGGUAUCCAUGUCGGCGACAUCGCCACCACCGUACGAUCUGAACAAUUUCAGGUUCAACCCCAUCAAGGAGUCCAUCGUGUCUCGCGAGAUGACGCGUAGGUACAUGACGGACAUGAUCACCUACGCCGAUACGGACGUGGUGGUCGUCGGUGCCGGAUCCGCCGGGCUCUCUUGCGCCUACGAGCUCAGCAAGAACCCGUCCGUGAAGGUCGCUAUCAUCGAGCAAUCUGUUAGCCCCGGUGGCGGCGCCUGGCUCGGUGGACAGCUUUUCUCUGCCAUGGUCGUGAGGAAACCGGCUCAUCGCUUCCUCGAUGAACUCGAGAUCGAGUACGACGAACAAGACGACUACGUUGUGAUCAAACAUGCAGCCCUUUUCACGUCAACGAUCAUGAGCAAGCUCUUGGCCCGCCCCAACGUGAAGCUGUUCAACGCGGUGGCGGCGGAGGAUCUGAUAGUGAAGGAAGGGAGAGUCGGUGGCGUUGUGACGAACUGGGCCCUGGUGUCUAUGAACCAUGACACACAGUCCUGCAUGGACCCCAAUGUGAUGGAGGCCAAGGUGGUGGUGAGCUCUUGUGGACACGAUGGACCGUUCGGCGCCACCGGGGUCAAGAGGUUGAAGAGUAUCGGAAUGAUCGACAGCGUGCCGGGGAUGAAGGCACUAGAUAUGAACACGGCGGAGGACGCCAUCGUGAGGCUGACUAGGGAAAUCGUGCCCGGGAUGAUUGUUACAGGGAUGGAAGUUGCAGAGAUUGACGGAUCUCCAAGGAUGGGGCCAACAUUCGGAGCAAUGAUGAUAUCAGGACAAAAGGCAGCUCAUCUGGCUCUCAAGGCAUUAGGAUUGCCUAAUGCACUUGAUGGAACAUAUGUGGGAAGCAUUCACCCGGAGCUGAUCUUGGCCGCUGCCGAUUCUGCCGACACUGUCGACGCUUAGUCUCGUAAUAUCGAUACCGAUGGCUGUGAUCGUAGUUUCUAAGUUGCUAUGGAGAUGAGGGAUUUGAAUAAUGGCAGGAAAUGGAAUAAUCUCCAGUAUAACUUGAUAGCUAAAAAAGCUUAGCAUGUAGUUUCCUUGUUGUUGCAUGCCUUUGAAUGAAGUACUGCUUGCUUUCUCU